GGGGGGAAUCCUGGACAGGAGCAGAAUCCCGGUUCUUCAACCUCUGUACGACAUUGGGCAAGUCACUUACUGCCUUUGGGCCUUCAUUUUUGCAUCUUUAACGAUGAUAACUCCUGCCUUGCUCACCUCUGACCUUGGACACUCCAUAAACUGUCAAGUCCUGUGCAAACAUAAGGCAGCAUUUACUAUCCCUUAGCUGUAAAAUGGAUCUGUGGGAAAACGACGUAGAUAUGGUAGCAGUUCCUUUACGACCAAAAUCCACUUUAUGUAUCCAUGGCAUUUGUUGCAUUUCUGCUAGGACUGCAGUACUGAAGAGGGUCUAAAAUUAGCACAGCACGGCACACAUUUAUUGAGGGCCUACUUCUGGAAAGGCACGAGGCAUCACUGAUGAGUAGAGUGAAGCUGUCCCUGGCUACCCCAUUUUAAAUCGCAAACCAUCAGCCUCAGUGUUUGUCCCUGGCUUUAUUUUCUCGCAUCACACACAUCACUAUUUCACGUCCUCUAUAACUUGCUGCUCUCUUUGUUUAUUGUUAUCUCUUCCCAUUAGGGUGCAGGCUCCUUAGUGACAGAACGUUUUGUUCUUACUGCUGUUAUUUUGUUAUCCCAGAACUUCUGGCCUUUAUGAGCACAGAGCAGGUGCUCAGAGCACAUGGGUUCAGCGCACAAAACGGUCCUUGGUCUCAAGGGGCAAACAAGCCAGGGAAGCAGUGGGAAUCUCUGUGCCAUAUUACGUUGUGUUACAAUGUGGUGAGUGCCGUAAUCGGAGCAAAACAAGGGCUUCUCACGCUGCAGGAGAACAGAAGGGCUGAGGGAGGGAGAAGGUGGAAAGCUUGUCAGAGGACUGACCACAGUUGGAAUCUGGAAGGAUGAGUGAGAGGUUUUAGGAAGAUAGAGGGACCACAGGCAUCUCCGGGAAACAGGACAGCUUCCAAGAAGGCCAGGGGACGGAAAGGACGUUGUUGAGGAGUAGGAAUAGUUGAGCUAGUUGGGCACACCGCAGUGAGAGCCCACAGUGAUUUACUGGAGCAUCAGGAGAAAACGUGAGGACUUGUAUUCCUGUUGGUCUUCUAAGUAAAAAGUGCAACAGAAAUGAAGACUUACAGAUCGAUGCCAGGGCCUGUCCUGGGUGAAUGUGUCACCGGCUUGGAAAUACAUGGUGGAGAGGCCAUUUCUGUGUGGCCCCGUGUGUUUAACUUUUAGGAUAUUACUCUCUGUUGCAGAUUAUUUGCGCUCAGAAAGUGGGUUUACAGCUCCCAUGAUCUUCAGAUCUUGUCACGGGAUGAGGAGUAACCGUGAAAAUAAUUGCUACCCCGGCCAAGCCCACUGGUCACCUCGUGGCAGGAUGCUUCAAGGAAUUGGUCAACACAAAGCUAUAGUAUUUUUCGUUAUAAAAUGAUGGGAGGUAACAAUUUUGCUGACCUUUUCUGAGGACGAGGUUGGUACCACUCACAAUAAUCUGAGGAACCCACCGAUACUGUGAUUUUUAGCUGGUCGUCUGUGGUUAGUCAACUAUGACACUGUGUUGGGUUGUGACUGAUGUCUGGUGGCCCAGUGGAGAACUCAGUCUACCUACUAAAGCUGGGCAGUGGGAAUAGACAUUCCUCAGUCUUACGUGCACGGGGUAGCCCUGACAUGUCUGAGGAUAAAUGGAAAGAUUUCCUUAAUGAAUUGUUGAUAUUACCAUUUGCGCCAGUCUAUUCUUUUCCCUCUCAAUCUAUAUAGAGGCGAGGUGACUCGAGAUUUUUCAUUCGCUCAACUCACUCAGAUUGUUUCCUUCGGAGGCUUGUUGGAUUUCAUGGAGAGAACUCAGUCUUGGUCUGUUUGGAUUUCAGAAAAGUAUUAGGCCUUUCUAGAGGAUGCCUGUUCUCUGUGAGAGCGUGCCUAGCUGCCCCUGGCUUUGUAAAAGGUCAUAUUUUGGUGCUAUCUUUAAUGACUCGAAGCCUUGUGAGCAUAGCUUUAGGGUCUUUACAUGAAUGAAUACAGCCGCGCCAUGUGCUAAUUUGCAAAGACAGAUCUUCAGUGUAAGGAGGAUUGUCAAAGAGGUGGUUACGAAGCUGGACAGAGGGACUAUGCACCAAGGUUAAGGUGAACUGGAUUCUUUCGCUCAGCUGACCACCCAGGUGAACUCUUCUGAUUUUACGGAAAAUAUUUUAAGCAUUUUGAAGAGAGACUUGAAAGCCUGACACAGGAUCCUCAUGGGUACUUUUCCCAAGAAGAGGGCAGUGUAUCUUACUAAAUAUGUGGCAUAUUCAGAGUAAAAACCGGCCACGAGGUUUACCUCAGGUAACAAAACUUGUUGAACAGAAGUCAGCCGCUUCAUGGUCAGUGUCAAAAUCUUAUCAGAGAAGAUGGUUAAACGGUUUUAUGCUUUCCAACCGCAUUCAUGUGUGAUUUGGGGCUUCUCCAUGCUAGUUAAUAUAAAGACUGAAAUAUGUAAUCUUUUUAUUACUAUGUAGUCUGAUUUUUGCCUUAAACUCUUUAAUAUUGAGCCAAAUUACUGAUGAUCAUUUUCCAUUUUUAAUUGAAAAACUGGUUUUGAAGUGUGUAUUUAGACAAAUUAGGCAUACGAUUAUAUAUAUCUUAAUUUUUGACAUUUAAAUUUAUAAUGUAGUCUUAGUUCAUUGAAGAUUUUAGGUUACUCUUUAUCUUUGGCAAGUUAACACUGAUUUUCCAUGUAUGGCCAGCUGCUCCGUCCUCAUUGCCUUGACUCAGGCCUUUGGGAGGUAGGAAGGCAGUGGAGACACAAGAACGUGGUGAUGAUUGGGUGGAGUGAGGGGCAUGGGAUGGAUGGGAGGGAGCCAUGGAAGAGAAAAGCACAGGCUGCCUCAUCCCCAUGGUCUUGCUGUAUGACACAAGAUGGCCAGAGUGUCAUUCACGUAUGGAAACGUGUGCCGGGAAGCCAGAGGCCAGGAGAAGGGGGAUAACAGUGACUCAUUUUGUGUAACGAGCAGCUCAAGUUUGAUUGUCCAUGGAGGAUCUGGGGAACAUACUCAGUUGGGGGAAUAGGGAUUUGGAGAUCAGGGGAGAGGUCAGAUGGUGAGAGUUGGGGAAAGCAUUCACUUACAGGGGUCAACACUAAGUGGAGGGUGUUGUUGAGGUUGGCUAGGGAGACUGAGAAGGGGAAGGAAGAGUGACUAGGGACAGAUUCCAGAAAACGCCAGCGUUUCAUGGGCAGGGGAGAACUGAGAGGUGGGAGGAGAGCCAGUGGAGAGGGACAGCAAAACAGACAAAGGAGAGACACAUUUUAAGAGGAGAGAGUGGGCACCAGUGCAAACAAGAACCCAGAUAAGGACCACAGUCGUCAAAGGAUUUUGCAAGGGAGAGCUUGUCAGUUACGUCAGCAAGAAGAAAAAUGUGUGUGUAUCAUAUUUAGGAGUUAUGUAUAUUGGAAAGUAUGGGAAUAAGGGCCAAAAUAUGUAGCAUAAACAAUAAGUGCCACAAAGUUCAAGAAAGGGGGGGACCCAGAAGUAAAAUGACUCCCCGCUUCUGUGUGCGGAAUCACCAGUCCGUUAAACCUUGGAGGUAUCCGCGAUCCUCUCCCCUUGGCCUGCCCUCCUCGCCCAUCGUCUCAUACAUCAGCCGUGUAGAUCUGCAGGUUCUAACCUGGCGGUGUCUCCUAUCCACACUCCUCCAUGCUUCCAGGAAGAACUCAAAUUCCAACUCGCAUCGUGUCAACCACACUAUUGCAAUAGCGCCCCAGCUGGCCUUCUGGGGUGGGUGUCCUUCUUUUCCAGAUAAUGUCCCACUCUACGGCUGGGCUAACAAAAAAAAGAAAACAAAACACAGCAUUUAAGAAAGUAUAAUUCAUAUACCAUAAAUUCACCAGUUUUUUAAAAAAAUAUUUUACAUUUAUUUAUUUUUGAGAGACAGAGAGCGAACGGGGGAGGGGCAGAGAGAGGAGGAGCCACAGAAUCCAAAGCAGGCUCCAGGCUCCGAGCUGUCGGCACAGAGCCCGACGCGGGGCUCGAACCCAUGAACUGUGAGAUCACAACCUGAGCCAAAGUCGGACGCUCAACCGACUGAGCUACCCAGGCGCCCCUCACCAAUUUUUAAGCGUUGGAUGUGUUUUGAUACAUCUGUGCAAUUGUGCAGCCAUGGCCACAGUUCGGUUUAACCGUAUUUUCAUCGUUCCAAAAAGCUUCCCCCUGCCUAUUUGCAGCCAGUUUCCGCUGGAUUAAAUUUAUAACCACUCAGUUAUGUCUCUCCUUUGCUUGGUAGUCACGGUGCCCCCGUUCCUUGUGAGUUAUGCACAGCCUAAUCGGCCUAAGUCUCAAGCCCUCCCUGCACUCACUGCCCCAACAUGCGUUUCCACCCGUCUCUUACGAUUCCCUGUAUCUCCCUGCCUUUCAGCCGGACAAGACUAUUAGCUGCCGCUGUUGACAUCUGACCAUUGUGUCAUUGAUCAGGCUACUUUUGCCAGCUGGCAGACACAUGGAGUGUUAGAAUGGAGUGUUUGUUAAUUGUAUAUAUUUAUGUAUGUAUUUAUUUAUUUAUUCAUGGCAAACGCUUCAGUGUCUGCAAACUUAGAAGAAAUUUAAAAAUUGUUUCCUCUCCCUCUCUACAAACUCCAGUGCAGCCUCGAAGGGCCCAUUUUCCACUCCGAUUUUGGUGGCACGUGACCCUGCCCGUUUACCUUUGAGCUUGUUCUGGGCCCGUGGCCUACCUGAACUUAGCCUGCGUUUUCAAAGCUGAUAAAGGAGAAGAUGUGUGCGGCCGGCGUGUGCGAGUAUAAAGACCGACUGGCAACGGCACGGCCUCACACAAAGCCACUUCUUGCCUGUGGCUUUUGUUCCAUGCAGUCUCUUCUUUUUAUCUUUAAACGUUUGACAAAAUGUACAUUUUAGUUAAUUUUGAGUUCAGUGGCAACAAGUGGAUUCAUAUUGUUGGGCAGACCAUCCCCACCAUUUACCCAGAACUCUAUACUCACUGAUCACCAACUCCUCCUCCCCACCCUACCUAGGCCCUGAUGACCAGGAUUGUUCUUUCUGUGGGCUCAGGUUUGUCUACACUAGGUACCUCAUUUAAGUGGGACCACACAGCUUUUGUCCUUUUGUGUCUGGUGUCUUUUCGCUUCGCUUGGUGUCUUCAAGCUUCAUCAUCCACGUUGUGACCUGUGUCAGAAUUGCCUUCCUCUUUAAGGCUGAGCACUGUGCCAUUGUAUGGACAGACCACAUUCCUUUUGUCCUUUUGUUGGCGGACCCUUGGGUUGUUUCCACCUUGUCUGGACUCUGUUCUUGACCCCAGGAAUUUCUCCACUUUAAUCAAGGUGUGCUGGGUACCACUGAAUGCCCCGGCUCCCGAGUAUGCGGUAGCUGGGCUGGGUGCUGUUUUCUUCUUUUGUUCUAAAACCGGUCUGUGGAUGCUAUAUAUUUCCACUGUCCAACUCAGCAGCACCCAUCAGGGUCAGUGAGCUAGCUGGUAGCAUCCUUGACCCCCACUGGGAUUCAGCCUCUUUUGUAAAUUUGAUACAAAGCAGGAUUUAUAGAACAAAGGGAUCUAGAAGGGACUCAGGUUUUAAAAAUGCUUUCCCCUCUCAGUGAUCAAUACUAACAAGAAAAUUGGUUCUCUUUUACUGAUGCCUUCUACUUGUCAGCAGUGAACUGGGACAUUUGUGUAUUUACCUCACAUUCUUGCUGCAACCCUUUAAGAGAAAUCUUACUACCAUCACAAUAGAAAAACAAAUGGAACCCAAAGAUGAACUUCUCCCAGGCCCCCAACAAAGAUAUGGAUAUAGUACCUUGGACCUCACCAUGCCUCCCUGCUCUCUGUUUCUCUGCCUGCGAUUAGUCUGGUCUGGAGGUGGGCAUCACAAUUAUGCCAGUUUACUCCAGCAACAGUCCUCCAGAUCUCAGGCCCUCUUGAGUUACUUCUCUUUGGUGAACCCCUCUGUCCCCAAACAUUGCUGUCUUUAAAGGGAGCAUUCAUUGACAACCGUGACUCAUUAUGGCCCUGUUAGGAGUAAAUGACAGGUGACAAUGUACCUAAGUGGAGAAUAAGAGAAAUUCAGCUUAGAUUUUGAUAACAAUGGAAAGAACAAUAUAUACAUGCAUUCUCCUUAUUCUUCAGAGCUCUCUUAACCAUGUUUCCUCCUAUGGAUCUAUCACUUCCCAGGGUGUUUCAGCCACCACCUGUCUAGCAUCUUUUAAGAAAGACUGUAAGUACUGGAGCUUUCUGUUAAAAUUGUUAACUAGCAGUUUGGGGCCUGGGUUAGGGAGGACAAGAUGUGGAUAGACUUGCCCUGGGGACAGAGCCUUGGUCAGCUACCUUAGCCAGCUGCCUUCUGGAGGCCAGCAUAUCCCAGGCCCUACAGACAUGCGAACAUAUAUACAUAUGAACAUACGCGUGUAGAUAUGUGUCCCAUAAGAGACUCCUCCGGUUUUCCAUUUCACAAGCCUCUGAAAAAGCCCUAGUCCUUCAAGGGCAUGCUCUUUUCCAACUCGCAUCUAGCUUUAUGACCAGGGUCACCCACCUGCCCAACUUCAAGGUGUGCAUUUAUGUCUCUCUUUUUUUUUUUACUAAUCAGCUCAUUUGUCAAAUUAACCCAUUAAUCUCAUCUGCAAAUCAUGUUUCAAGAAGAAGCGGAAAGAUAAAUUAUUCUCAGACUCAGAAUUCUCAUUUUUAUUUAACAGGUAUUUUAAUCACAAUAUUCGAUGCCUCUAUCACAUAACAUACAUAAAUGCAAGAAUGCCUAUUUCCUUUCUGCACAUUUAGGUCGCUUACUGUACUAUAGUCGCACUUGGGCAGAGAAAUGAGGCCACGGGCAACUUUGGUUGCAGUUUCAAUGGAAUGUCCCCUGGAUAUUCUAGUUUGGGGAGUCUAAUAUGCCAUUGGAAAUUGCCAGUGGAAUUGCAGUGGGCGUCCCUGCAUCCCAGAGUAUUGUGAGCCUAGGAGGUCCUGGAUUGAAAUUCCUCUUCUAGGUGACAGGGUCAAGGCUCAGACCUGUUACCACUUACGUUUAUGCUUGUGUUCAUUUUUCACUCAUAUCAACCUUUUCUUUACUCCAGAGAUUUUUCUCCCUGAUCUAUUAUUACAUGUUCAGUCUGUAGUCAGGGUGGGCUUUCUAAUGUCUGAGGGGGGCUUUCUGUGCACAGCAAAGAUCAUUUACAGAUAUUUAGGUCUUUCAUUAAUGCUCAGUAUACGAGAGAUACAAAUUCAAAAAAUCAGAUUUUCUUUUACAAGAGAUACAAAUGGAAAAAAAAAAUGCCCUUAAGUUUUUAGAUUCGGUUUACUCUGUUUGUAAAUUUAAAAUGAUAAAGUGAAAACUAUAGCUCUUGGGGGAAUGUUGAAAAAAUAUUUGAUUAAUUCAAGUUAAAGACUAUAAAGUCCCUUUACUCAACAAUUAGUUCCAUUCAGAAAUACGGUUUAGUCCAUUCCCUUAAAAAUUUAAAUCGCAUUUAUAACUUUGGUAUAUUUAACUUUUAAAGAUUUUAUUUUUUUUCAUUAGUUCUUUUUUAAUUUUUUUUAAUGUUUAUUUAUUUUUGAGACAGAGAGAUAGAGCAUGAACAGGGGAGGGGCAGAGAGAGAGGGAGACACAGAAUCUGAAACAGGCUCCAGGCUCUGAGCUGUCAGCACACAGCCCGACUCGGGGCUCGAACUCACGGACCGUGAGAUCAUGACCUGAGCUGAAGUUGGACGCUUAACCGACCGAGCCACCCAGGUGCCCCUACUUUUAAAAAAGCACUUAUUACGUCUGACUGGGAAGGCUUCAAACCAGAUCUUCCAGAAUACUCACUCAGGCUUCAUUAGUCAUCAAAUACAUGCCAGGCAUUACUAGCCACUGGAGAUACAACUCUGAAUAAAACAACAAUGAACAGCGAUGAGUAAAACAGAAAAAUCCCUUGCCUUCAUGGAGUUUAUAUUCUUAAAACUCUCAAGUUCAUUAAACUCUUAGAAACCUAAAAAACCAGAGUUUUAAGUGAGAAUUUCAAAGUCAAAUUUCUUACACUUUUCCACUUAGAAUCAGAAGUCUAAGAUCAAUUAUACAUUUGAGUUAGAAUCACAAAGCAAACGUGUAUCUAAUUAUCAGCGUCUAUAAGCUCAUAUGUAAAUACCAAAUGUACAAAUUAUGCUGGAGCCUGAUUUUAAACAUUACACCGUAAAAUUCAUUUGCUUUAUCAUUUUUCCAUUGAAUUCUAAACUUGCCUAGUACUGAAUACUGGGUUAUGCAACUGAACUUCCUUGAGAGACGAUGGGUGACCCAGAUACAGGACAGUCUCAUUUAGGUGGAGAGACUUGGAACCAGUACUGAAGACCUACAAGUUGGGUGUGAGCGGAGUGAAUGUUUGCACAGGACACACUGAGUCUCAUUUUCACAGUGGCUACAAUCACAGGGGUUUCCACGUCCACUUUCUUCCGAGAGGAUUGGUUUCGUAAUGUGCUAUUUACGAGAUUCAAGCCUUACCUUCAUAACGUUUCUUGAUGUUGCCACCUGAUUCGGAUGGAUAAAUUACUUAACUGUCCCUAACUCUCCUACUCCAUUUACUAUCCGAUUCCAUUCAGCUAACCCCACCUAUUUGCUCUUUGAUGCUUCUGUGUCUGGCUCCUUGGCCUUGCCUCCAAGGGCACUCUGUUGGGUAGGUACACGGGACAGUACCACUCCCCUCUAAGGCCCACACUCAGAGGUGGCUGAGGAUAGCUCUCCUCCCCAAACCUCCAUCACCCCACCCCAUUUUUUUUUUCAUGUGAACAAUGAAUAUUUUCUCAGUUUUAAGUCAAGGGCAAUUCAGACUUACUCUCCAAGAAAUUCCUGGCUGACCCCUCCCUUCAAACAGAUUCCCUCUUCUGAGCUCCUCUAUUGAGAAAUUCUAAAACUAUCUGUGCGUCUUUGCUCAAAACCCUUCAGCAGUUCACACUGCACUGGGAAUAGAAUACAAAAUCUUUAAUACAGCCUGCAAGUCCUUGCACGAUCUGGCUCUUGCCUUCCUCUAUGACCUCAUCACACGCGUUCCUCUUCUGCUCCAACUCCAGCCCCACUGGCCCUCCUUCACUUCUUCCAGCAGAGGCCACACUCACUUCCUACCACAGGUCCUUUGUAUGUACUGGUCCCACUUUCUGAAAUACCGUGUUCCCAACUCUUUGCUUGGAUGACUCCUCAUUCCCUAGGUCUCAGAUGAACAUUUUUUUUUCAUAGAGGUUAUUCUUCUUUCUAGAACUUAGCACACUUGGUGCAUUUAUCUGCUUACUACCUACACCAUAAACUGUGUGGGGCCAUGUGUGGUAUUCAGCGCCCAUGACAGGGCUGGCAUAUUCUAGAUAGUCAAUAAUUAUUUGCUGAAUGAGUAAAUAUCACAUUUGCCACAGCAAUCACCAUUAGCCUUCAGUCAGAACUAUUAUAAUCAUUCACAUCACCACUUUUGGCUCAUGGGAGGUACUGAGUAAUUGUAUGUUGAAUUGGACUGAGAGAUCUAAAUGUCAAUAUCUCAUGCAUUUUUAUUUUAUAUUACCUUUAUGGUUCUUUACACAUUUAGUCUUCUGUAGCUUCUAACACUGUGGUCUUUCUGUUCUUAGAAGACCUCUUACAGUAAAGAAGUCAUCUUAGCAAAAUGUGCCUUCUGGGGGAGUCUCUUUUCCUAACUUUUAAAAAAUGUCACUAAACUGUGGCUAAUUGGUUUACAGUUGUAGUAAAUUUUGAUUAGUGUAAAUAUAAGUUCCAUAUGAUACUUAGUGAUUUUAUUUGUUUGCUGGCUUGUGUACUCCCAUUAUCCCAAGAGAUAGAUUAGUUACGCUGACUCCUUAGAGGAGUUCUGGCUCUUUAGAGAGCAGCCUUAAAUUACUGAAUAGAGGCUCUGGUUCUAGAUUAUCUAAUGCUUGUGGCUUAAACCCCGCCCCCAUAUGCAUAGUUCUUCAAGAACCUUGCUGCCCGCCCCCACCCCCAACAAAGAAUUCAAGCCUCCGAAUAGCACCAAAUCAUACUAGAACUCUUGAAUCUUAACCAUUUAGAGCCUGCUGUUUUUCUGGUUUUGUUUGUUUGUUUUUGUGGCAUCAGCCUAAGGUCAUAGCCCCAUAACAUUUCGUAUCCUUGUCUCUGUAACUUGGCACCUGUGUCUACGAAACAACAACAUAAAAAUGAUUCUGAACGUUGCAUCGUCAGUAAUAAAAAAGCGCAAAAAUGUACAAUAAAGUAUACUGUCGAAAAAAAAAAUCAGUUUUAUUUUUGUUGUUUAGAACACCCGAGCAUUUCUGGAAACCCAAAUGGGGGUAUAAGCGCUUUGAAAACAAAAAACCAAAAACAAAACUGGCAGCCCACACAGCGUCGUCGGGGUCCGCAGCGUUGUGACCGCGCGCCUUUAACUCGGCGUGACCUCGGCGUCCCGGCCCCGCGCCUCGGCCAGGGCGGCGCAUCCCCCUCCGCCCCUCCCGCGUCGCGCGCAUUGUUGUCCUUUAGCGAUUGGUUGCUGGACCAGAAGCAGCUGUGCAGAGCCGUGCUGUGUAAAGGACCUGAAUGCAGGUUAGCGGGCUGCUGGUGACUUACACGAGGGAUCCAGGGAGAGAGAGGAAGAGCCGGAGACCACCUCCACUGCGUUUCCCAGGCGGCGUGGACCAGGUGCCCCGGCGGUUGCGGCUGUCGCAGGAGCUCCCGGUGGCGCCCCCUUCUCCGGCUCUAGCUGACUCCGGGGUUGGCGCAGGUGGGCAAGACAGGGCACCUCAGAUCUCCCUGUUCCCACCGAGGGGGUUCUGUCUCUUCCUGCGAGGGGGAGGGACUAUCCUAAAAAUAUGUAAAUAUCCGAGCACGGACUCCGGGCUGGGGCUCCCGCCGAGGUCCCCGCGCCGCCGCAGGGUGUUUUACAUGAAAAUGAGAAGCCUGACAGGAUCCGUGCUCUAAGUUAAGGCAGCUCGGUGAUUAGCAUGAGACUGGGCGGCUGCCCCGCUUCCUGCCCUUCAAUAGCCAUUCUGCGCGCUCGCGACCGGGCGUUGGUGCCACCGUGCGGGUGUGGAUCGGCAGGCUCGGCAUCGCUGGCAGCCAUGGCUCCAGACGCCCCCUCGGCCAGUAAGUAGGAGCAUGCAUGUGUAGGGGGGCACAUGCGUGUCGGCGCGCGCGCGCGCGCACACACACACACACACACACACGCGCACACACGCACACCACCCUGAGCCUGGGAAGGAGGAAGAUUGACGAGGCGCUGCAGUUGCGAGGAGGACUCGGGCUCUUCCUGGAUUCCUCAGGAGCCCGCCUGCCGCAGCUGCUGUCUGCAGAGUCUGCUCGGAUCCCUGUGCACACGCGCCCCCCAUUCGAGCCUCUGUAAUGAAGACUGCCUCCCGAGGACUGCAGGGGAGGCCGAGCCAGCCUGCGCCCGGGACUGCGGGCCGCGCGGCCGAAAGGCCCGGGGGGACACGACUCGGACGCUGUCAUCCCCACGCCUCGCUCUGAGCCGCCGGGUGCGGAGAGGGUCUGCCGCCGCCCCUCCGCCUUCCCGGGCGCCCGAUCCCGGGUCAGCCCCGGAGGAGGCCUCGGCUUCCUCAUUUGUUUGGGUCUUUUGUGCCGUGGCUCACAGUUGGCUAAGCACUCCUGCGCUGAAUCGGGCCAUUGUCUGCGCUCCCAUUGCUUUCACGCUGCAAGUCUCGGCGCCCCCACCCCGCCCGCCCCCUCCCCGCCUCCUCCCGGCCGGGGAGCCUCCUAACGUGCCUUUCCCCCCCAGGAAUCUGGAAGCUAUAAGCCGGGCGGAUUGCAAAUGAAGUGUAAUGCAUUGUGGGACGUGUGUAAAAUCGGAGCCUUCGCCGUGGGGGUGUGUGGGGGCGUGGGGAAGGCCGGACCCGCCGCUGGCGGUGUAGACGCCGACGAGGAGGGGCUGGGAAAAUGUGCGCAGAGUCCGCCAGGGUCGUGCCCGCCGUAGACGGAUGAAGCAGCGCGCUGCGCCCCGGCGCUGAGGCCCCCAGGAUCGGGGCGGCAGGUCGCGCUCCCCCACCAUGAAGAAGACCCGGAGCACAACCUUGCGGCGAGCCUGGCCUAGCUCGGAUUUCUCCGACCGGGCCUCGGACCGAAUGAGGUCCCGCAGCGAGAAGGACUACCGCCUGCACAAGCGCUUCCCCGCGGCCUUCGCGCCCCAGGCUUCGCGGGGCUACAUGACAUCAGGUGAUGUGUCACCAAUCAGCAUGUCUCCCAUCAGUCAAUCUCAGUUCAUUCCACUCGGGGAAAUCCUUUGCUUGGCCAUCUCAGCAAUGAACUCCGCGAGAAAACCUGUCACCCAGGAAGCGCUGAUGGAGCAUCUGACCACGUGUUUCCCAGGUGUUCCCACCCCAAGCCAAGAGAUUCUACGGCACACGCUCAACACGCUGGUGCGGGAGAGGAAGAUCUACCCAACUCCGGAUGGCUAUUUCAUCGUGACCCCGCAGACUUACUUCAUUACUCCUUCUCUCAUAAGAACUAACAGUAAAUGGUACCAUUUGGAUGAGAGGAUACCUGACAGGUCUCAGUGUACCUCUCCACAACCCGGAACCAUAACGCCCUCUGCCUCAGGCUGCGUCAGGGAAAGAACAUUGCCCAGAAACCACUGCGACUCUUGCCACUGCUGCCGAGAAGACGUGCAUAGCAUGCACGCCUCGACUCUGCAGAGGAAACCUGCCAAGGACUGCAAAGACCCCUAUUGCCCUCCUUCACUCUGCCAGGUGCCACCCACUGACAAGAGCAAAAGUACUGUCAACUUUUCGUAUAAGACAGAAACUCUCUCAAAACCGAAAGAUAGUGAAAAGCAGUCCAAAAAAUUUGGGCUCAAGUUAUUCCGGCUAAGUUUUAAAAAAGAUAAGACCAAACAGCUAGCCAAUUUUUCUGCCCAGUUUCCUCCCGAGGAGUGGCCCCUGCGAGAUGAAGACACGCCAACCACUAUCCCUAGGGAGGUGGAAAUGGAAAUCAUUAGGCGUAUUAACCCGGACUUGACCGUGGAAAAUGUCAUGAGACACACUGCACUGAUGAAGAAACUUGAAGAAGAGAAAGCACAUCGGAGUAAAGCUGGGUCCUCUGCCCAUCACAGCGGAAGAAGUAAAAGGAGUAGGACUCAUCGAAAGUCCCACGGGAAGUCUCGGUCCCACAGCAAGACACGAGUGUCUAAAGGAGACCCUUCAGACGGUUCUCAUCUGGAUAUCCCAGGUGACAGAGAGUAUGACUUUUGUGAUCCUCUUACCAGGGCACCCAGGGAGGGCUGCUUCAUCAUUGAACACAAAGGAGAUAACUUCAUCAUGCAUAGUAACACGAACGUGAUUGAGUCUCAUUUCCCCAUGACACCAGAAUGGGAUGUGUCUGGGGAAUUGGCCAAAAGGAGAACUGAGAUGCCUUUUCCUGAACCUUCCAGGGGAAGCUCCCACUCAAAAGUGCACCGAAGCCACAGCCAUACCCAGGACCGAAGGUCCAGGAAUGAGAGAUCCAACAAAGCCAAGGAGAGAUCCAGAUCGAUGGAUAACUCAAAGGGCCCUCUGGGUGCUUCUUCUCUAGGGACCCCUGAAGACCUGGCUGAAGGCUGUAGCCAAGACGACCAAACCCCCAGCCAGUCCUACAUUGACGACAGUACGUUAAGGCCCGCACAAGCAAUUGGCCAUCAAAGGGCUCAUGUGUCAUCCACGAGCUAUAAAGAGGUGUGUAUUCCAGAAAUAGUCAGUGGCAGCAAGGAGCCUUCCAGUGCUUGUAGCCUCUUGGAGCCAGGAAAACCACCUGAGAGUUUGCCAUCCUAUGGGGAACUCAACUCUUGUCCAACAAAAACAGCUACAGAUGACUAUUUCCAGUGCAACACCUCCAGUGAGACGGUCCUCACGGCACCAUCACCUCUGGGAAAGAAUAAAGAGGAUCAUGACACUCUGACUCUGGCGGAAGGGGUGAAAAAGCUGCCUCUGUCUGAUAGGCAGGCCCCACAUUCUUCCAGGGAGCCUGUGGGGCACAAGGAGGAGUCACCAAAAGGGCCAGGUGGGGGCCCAGCUGUUUCGGGCGCAGUGGCAGAAGGGAUCGCCAAUGGACGCCUCGUCCAGCACCACAGCGCCGAGCCCAGCAGCCUGGACAAGAGGAAAGAGAUAUUCAGCAAAGACACACUGUUCAAACCUCUUCACAGCACCUUGUCUGUAAACAGCUAUCACAAAUCGAGCCUGUCCCUCCUCAAAUCUCUCCCGAAGACACCUGCCGACACACUGCCAGGCCGAUGCGAGAAACUGGAGCCAUCCCUGGGGACCUCGGUGGCACCAGCCAUUCCUGGUUCCCAGCGUCAGCAGGAGUCCGGGGGGAACCAGGAAGCCUCUUUUGACUAUUACAAUGUCUCUGAUGACGACGACUCUGAGGAAGGGGCAAACAAAAACACAGAAGAGGAAAAAAACAGAGAUGAUGUAGGCACCAUGCAGUGGCUCCUUGAGAGGGAGAAGGAAAGAGACUUACAGAGGAAAUUUGAGAAGAACCUCACCCUCCUUGCCCCAAAAGAAACCGACAGCAGCAGCAACCAGAGAGCCACGCAUUCGGCACGCCUCGACAGCAUGGACAGCAGCAGCAUCACUGUGGACAGUGGAUUCAACUCCCCACGCACUCGGGAGAGCCUGGCUUCCAACACGUCAAGCAUUGUUGAAAGUAACCGUCGUCAGAACGUUACCUUGAGCCCGGUGCACGGUGGGGCUGGUCCGGCUUUCAGCUUCCGAGCAAGUACGGACCCCGCGACGAAUGAAGCUGAGAAAUUACAGAAACCUUCCAACUGCUUGCAGGCUUCUGUUACCAGUGUGUGACUGUCGUUCUGCCUCAGAUCUCCUGGCUCCUCCGACACAGCCAAGUUUACGACACUGGGACUGAUGUUUACAUCUUGGGAAAGACGAGCAUCUCGACCGCAGUUUUUGUGUUUACUUAAACUGUGCCGCUGAGUAGGCUAGGGCAAAAAACAAAAAUCUUUAUUUCGGAGUAUUGCUUUUCACAUGUAUGGCUCUGUAGCAACCGAAUAGCAGUAGUAGGGGUGAUAUGUAUACUUUUGCUUCACUACUUGUAACUGAGCACACAUAGGAAAGUCUAGACACUGUAAGUGUGAUAUGCAUUCCAAUGUCAUGAAGUUGCCAAUUCCAUUUUUAAAUGCCACAGAUGCGUGUUGCUCCCAGUCUGUGGUCAGAGGGUGCCACGGAACUGAUCCUUGACACUUCCAAAAACAAAAACAAAAAAAACAAAAACAAAAAAAGCGUAAGCCACCACAAAACGUCAAAUGCGAGGGUCCGCCUUGAGGGAGAUCAAGGUCAGACUGACCAGAAGGGACCCCAGCCCCUUGUGUGUGAAUUGUUCAUGCACCAGUCAUUUCUCACUGUGAGUUUUCGUGACAUGAUUUUGCAGGAGCCCGUGGAAGUGUGUCAGAAGGGGUCGUGAUCGAAAUUCUGGGAGUGUCUGUUUUCAGGAUUUUGUUUUUAAGUGUAACAGAUGCUUGUCUGAGUUUUUAACCUUCCAUAAUCACAAACAGGAAUAUAGGCCUUUGAUUCUGAAGUGGACGAAGGAAGGGGAUCCCCAGCCUGGCUGGGGCACAGCACUGAGUGAUGGAAGAGGGAAAUGUGGACUCUUAACUGGUGUUAAUCAAAUAUUUAAGGAAGAUAAUUUCCUCCUUGUGAUACUUAUGAUGAUCCUAUCUUACUAUAAUAGAUAACAAUAAUUAGUUUGUUUAAAAGCAAAAUGUUCUUUGUGAUACAAAUGAAGAGUAUGGCCUGGGGAUGUUAUUCUUUCUAAUGGAAGGACAUUAAUCUAUUUUAUGUAGUUUUAAAUAGAAUGCCUAAAUUAGGCUAUGGGAGAUCAUUUUUAGUGGUUAUAGGAAAGAGCAAAUUUAGGGAGAGUUGAACUUCAGGCCUUUUAUUCCUGGAAAGAUAUCUAUAGAGAAAACUUUAAAAAGUAAUUUUUGAUUAGAACUAUACAUGUGCCCAUGUACUUACCAACAGGAUGUGCUCAUUCUGCAAGUAUGGUAUAAUCCGAACUUGUACUCCCCCCAAAAAUCUAUCAGAAUGACAAUUAUGCAUACAUGAACUAUGCCAGAGUGAUGUUUACAGAUACUUUGUAACCAAUUUCAGGAGGCGUUUUUAGGCGGAUGUAUAGUUAUUGGCCCAACUUAUUUCAGAAUGGUUUGUUAACGUUUUGGUUUGGUUUACAACGUCAUGCUGAAUAUGGAGAAGACUCUAAGCAGCAAAGGAAUACAAAUAACUGGGCUUCCACUUUACAGAGAAGAGACACUUCCAAGUUCCCCCAUUUUAUUAAGAACCAUGGUAGAUACUGAACAGGUAUUUGCAGAAGGGUUACAUAUGACACAAGUAAAGUCUGGCAAAACGUUUUAGUUUAGUGGCACGUGAUAUUUGGAGCCACAGACCGUAAAAUACAUACCCAAAAAUAAAUCUAAAGUCUUUCCGCCUCGGACUUCAGUAAUUGGCAUAAAAAUGUGUGACACAUUUCUGCUUCAGUAUUAGGUUCAAUCCCUAGGGAUCUGUUUAAGGAACGCAGUCCUACACAUAGUUGGACUGAUUCUUGAAACAUAUGGAUACUCCCUCAUGCGUUUUCAGAUAUUUGCAAGUUGCAUUGAGUCAAACUGGACUCAUCAAGCUUAGAUUCCUUUUUUUUAUGCCUAUAGUGAAACGUCAGCACGUUUCUUGGUAAGCCCCUAUGCCACUAAAAUGCUUAGGUCAGUUGGCUUUGAGUCUCAUGCCUUAUUUCUUCCAAGGCAUGCCCUGAUUGCCCAGAAAUGAACUAUUUGUCUCAUGGCUUAAAUAUGUCCGGAAGGAAUGAUAAUGUAUCUAAUAGACUAUACACAGAGUCUAUUUCCUUGGGGAGGUAUAUACCAUACGGAUACUAAAUUCUUCUGUCUAAAUUCGUUUUGGGUUUUUUUUUCCCCCCAAAAACCUGCUCUCAAGCGCUGAAUCAUACCAUCAGUUCAUAAAUAACAUAACCAUUGAAACAAUACAUCAGCCUCUAGUUGAUCCUCUGAAAAUGGCCAUUAUUAUAAUCAAAUGCUGUGUGGACAGGAAAGGAAAGCAUUACCCUUUAAGAGAAGCUUUAAAAUAUGACUUUAUCAAUAGUUCACAAGAAAUAGGUUUACAGAAGAUGUUAUUCAAAUAAAAUGUGUAUACCAUUAGCCUGAUGCUACGGGGUACAUGAUUUUAAAAACAACCAGAAACUCCCUUGGACCUGGAGCCAUUAGUGUAGAAAAGAUGGGCUUUAAAGACCGUACAAUGGAAGCAGACAUUCCGUGUGGAAAUAUCCCCGUCUGAAUCUAAUCAGGAUUCUUGGAUGGGGGAGGAGUGAGGCGGCAGGAAGCAUGUUACGGAUGUGACCCGAGAUGGUCAACGGCGAGCUUCUUAGUGACCAAACGCUCGGCCCGCACCAACGUUGCCAGCACCCGUUUCCUCCCCUGCGCUGAUAGCUUUGUGUUACAUAGCUGCUUAUCCAGUCUUCGCUUAGAGUUUCUUAGCUGGAAGGUUUACAAAACUGAAUCUGGUUGAAUCUCUGCGUAGCGUUCAACUUUCAAGGGUCAACCCAUCUGUCGGCAUUUUGCACACAUAUGUAUUAUGAUACAGCAUAUUACUUUAUGGUAAUUUUUAUUUUUACAUAGAACUACCUCCAUAAAUUUGAUGAAGCGGCAGCAGUGUGUUCAAGUGUAUUGUUCAGAAAAGCAAAGUUGAAAACUUUCGUAAACAUUCGGCCAUGGCGUUCUGUGUGUGUGUCAGUGGCUGCCCGUGUGGGCUCGUGACUUUUUCAUGGCCGUGGUUUUGUUUUACGGCAUUAUUUCGCUUUCAGAUGUAAACCUGUCUCUCCUCUCUAUCCCACAAAAGCACACUCGAUUUUGUUACGAACGAAACGAAGUUGAAAUUUCUUGUCUUUCCACCCCACCCCACCCCACCCACCCCAUUCCUGCCAAGAGUUCUCUCUGGCAAAGAGCCGAUUGGUACACAUAAUUUAGCCAGCUCUCUACUCCUGAAAGAAUCCGAUUUGAAUUCUAGGUUUUCAGCAGAAGUCACACCAGAUAUGUGGACCGUGCCGGCUUUGAAGUACUUUGGGCCUCGCUGCUUUCACGCACACGCUACCAUAUCGAGCCCAAACUUCAUUUUAAUUAAAAGAGCAGUGCUGUGUACUCACCACGUGUGCUAAAUAAUUUGUAUUCCAUUUUCUAUAUUUUGCACAUCUCAGGGGACCUUAAUGAGCAUAUGAAAAGGGGGGGGGUGCCAUCAAAUAGAGAAAACUAACAGAAGAGCUGAAUGGGGACCAAGCAGGAUAAAAAUACCAAAUUACUGCUUCUCUGAUGUUGUGAAGCUCAAGUUCAGGAAGCAUAAGUUGAAAGUUAAGCUGAAGUAACGAUGACCUGAACACCAGCUGUUCCCAAGUCUCCCUUUCUUAGAGCCCAGCCAGUGGUUCGAAGAUGUAAAUUUAAAUUAUAUCGCAAUCGCCAUGGGGAAGAAAAAACCCUGUUUGAUGAAAAGAAAAGCAUUGUGCGUUUUUUGUUUUGUUUUUCUUUUAGGUUGGCACAGCUCUGUAAAACCCUACCCAGGACGAACCACAUAUUGCCACCAAGUGUACUUGAAAAUAAAGUUUUUAACUUAAAUUGUAGGCGUCUUGCUCACUAUACAAUAGUGAACCUAUUUUGAAAAGUCUCACCAUUUAUAACAUGGGCAGCAUUUGGAGCUUGAUUAAAAGCCAACAACAAACUAUCAUGACUUUGCCCGUUCAUUUUGGGAUCUCAAAGUGCUUCCAAAGCAUUCAGAUUGACAAUUAACAAAGCAGGUCCUGUUUGUAACACCCAUACUUGAAAUGGACAAACAGAAGGAGUGACUUAAGAUUACCCAGAAACUCAGUGGCAGCUACCAGUGACCUAUUUUCUAACUGAUAGACCAUCAUGAGAAAUCACUAAAUACAAUGCUGUUUUUUCUGAUGUGUGCUAAUAAAGUCAAAGGAAACAAAUACAACUGUACACUUUUGUCCAUUUUCAUUCAAAAAGUUCAGGGUGUUUGGAAUUUUACAAAAUCCACCCAAUGCCAUUGCGGUCAGAGGCAGAUCCCAGACAUACACCCUAGUUUACAGUUUCCUCUUGGGCUUCUUUAAUUCCUGUGCUAAAAUACCAUCUUUCAGGAACAUGUGCUCCUGGCAGUGGAAGGUGCUGAAACAGAAAUCGUAAUUUAGAACUUUAUCAAGUACUCUUCACAGUACUACUUUUAGCACAACAGAAAUUCAGUACAACGUAUUGAGUCCUACCUGUAAGAAUCUGGAUUUCCGAGGGAGCUGAUCUAGUUCUAAGUGUUUUCUCGAACUAGGAGAUAUCAGAUCCUUGCUGGGGACCUUCUCCAUUGCCACGGGCCAGGCACAGAACCAGCCGGAAGCAUGCUGUCAGGCGACAGCGGACCCCAAGCAGAAGCGAUCCUGUCUUUUCCUGUCCCUCCCUGCCCUCCUCCCCCACCCCGCCCAGUACUGUCCUGCCCAUUCUCUUCUUUCUCUUCUGUUCUCGAGACAUGCUUCUGCACGUGUUUAGGCUCAGGGAAGCCAGGACACAGGAAGGACGAAUGCAAAAGCAAGGAAACCACUGUUUUGCUUUGGGUUAAUAAAAUAUGGGCAGGAAGGAGAUUACGAUCAGUCUGAUCUUUGCCAAGUAAGAUAAAACAAUCAGCUGUCAUUCCAUCAUUCUCCCAGAAGGUUCUACAGUAUUAAGGAUACAUCUAAUAUUUUCCCAUAGAUUUUUAUUUAGGAGACAUUUCAUAAAUUAUAUAUACGAAAACUUUCAUGAUUAAAUUUCCCAGUGUGUUGAAAAUAGGCAUUGGCAUGUCCCUGAUUGAGUUAAUCUCUGCGUCUUUUUUAGCAGCAUCCCAGAGAGAGAGUCCCCCAGUGAUUGCUCCUCCAACACAUAAUCCUGUGUUUUCACAGUUGUUCUAUGACUUACAGUUGCUGAUUUGCAAGGUAGAGAAUUCUAUGAGGCUCAUGGGGGACUCAACUUUCUUAUGAUUGUAUAUUAUCAGUUAUAGGGCUUUAAUUGCUCAUUGUUGGCUGCAGAUGUGAACACACAUACGCACACACGCACACACACCCUGCCAACGAGGGAAGGGGGAGUUUCACGAGUGAGGCAGCAGUGACCCUGGAAGCAAACGUUAAGGCUAGAGGCUUGGCCUGUCCAUGUACAGUGCCUACGCCUCCCUGUCCAAAGGCUGACCUUGGCACCCCGUUCCUUGCUCCCACCAAAAAGAGGCACCAAAUCUGAGAUCUGAGAACUCCUCCAGUGUCAGUCCUCUGCAGUUACGGAAAAUUCAUGAAGUCCACGCUCAGCAGCUUCUUGCCUGCCUUUCCUCGGAGGUCCUGCCUCCCUGCCUCCUUCCCGGUCCCCCUCCUAGAUACCGAUACACCACCACGGUUUCCACAACGGAAGCGCAAAACAGAGUGUGGUACUGUGCACACGUGAUGGGUUAGGACUAGAGCUGCCCUAGGGUCACCUUCAUGUAAGUAUUGACAGCUACAAAUUACAGUCCUUAGAGUAGUUGACAUAGAUACUACUUUCUAGAAGAGAAUUAAAUUUCAACAUUAAGUUUAAAGGGAUCAUAAUUCUGCAGGUAUCUUUCUCUGAGUGACUGAAUGUGACUAUUGCAUUAGGGUAAAUGAAUUAAGAAGUGCAAGUGGGAUUUACUGUAUGUUAGAAAGGAGUUUUGCAGCCAAGACUGCCUUGAAUAAAAUGUGUUUGCACUGAAAAAAAAAAACUUUAAAUUACUUGGUCUCUGGUUGCUGUAAAGGUCAUCCAAGAUGGAUGUUCUGUUUAUAUUGUAUAGUAUUUCAUAUGAAAUAAUUACAGUUCAUGAAAUGUCUUCCCUAAUGUUACUGAUUUAUGACAGCACAUUUGUAACAUGGUUUUUAUCGUGCCGGUGUGCCAUAUUGUAAAUGAUGAUUGACUUGUCAUGCUUAGUAUAAUAACUUAAAAGGAAAAAAAAGCACAGGGAUUUUUGUAAGUCUAUAUUUGAAAGUCCCUCCAUAUGGUAAUAUUGUGUUCAUGUUGUUUAUGUAGUGUUGUGUGAAAUAUCCAUUUUGGAUUGUGUUACUUUUUAAGAUAUUAAAUAACAUUUGGUUAUA